AUGACACAGGUCCAGCUGGCCAUCAGCUGGUUCAGACAUGGGUGCCAGCUCUGCUGUAAACAUAAUGACCACCUUACCACAAAAUUAGAAUAUCCACCAAUUUCACUCAAAGGCAAGGCCUAUGUUAGAGACAGUAAAGUCAUUGUUCUUCCUUCCCACCACAUCGAGCUUGAAGUCAGAGUCCCCUUGCCACUUCCUCCCACCCAUCACAAUGGCCCCUCGAUGGAUUGUCUCCCUCCCUCGAUGGACGGUUUCCUUCUCUACAGACGGUUUCCUCGCUCCCUCAACACACAGACGGUCUCCUCCCUCAACACACAGAUGGUCUCCUCCCUCUUGACAGACGGACAGUUUUCUCCCUCAAUGAACUGGGUUUUCUCCCUCUCGAUGGAAGGUCUCCUCCCUCUCGACAAAUGGCCUCCUCCCUUCCUUGACGCAGGGCCUCCUCCCUCCCUUGAUGAACAGCUGCCUCCCUCUCUCAACGCAUGGCCUCCUCCCUCGACAAACGUCUCUCAACAAAUGCCUCUUCCCAAUGGUCUGCUCCCUCUUGACGGAUGGUCUCCCUCCCUCAACAGAUGGUCCCCUCCCUCCCUGUGGACAGUUUCCUCCCUCCCUUAA